AUGCAGGCCAGACGCAACCGAGAUUUGCAAGACCAGACAGCAGAUGCUAAUGUUUUCCGUGUGGGGCUAGAAAGCAAAGGCAAAGGGGACGUUAGCGAGAAAGAGUCGUCGAGCGACUUUCUUGCAACUUUUCUUACUGAAAUUGGGAAGGCCAAGCUGCUGACAAGGGAAGAAGAGAUUGAAUUGUCCAGGAGAGUCAAGAAGUCUGUGGAGCUCCAAAAUCUACGAGCCAGGGUGUCUGAGGAGCUUGGUCGUGAGGCCACCCAUUCCGAGUGGGCGAAGGCACAAGGCUGCUCGGUAUACUCACUGAGGAGGAAGCUGAGAGAGGGGGAGCUGGCUAGGCAUAAGCUGCUUGCGACUAACUUGCGUCUGGUAGUCUCUGUGGCGAAGAAGUACCUAAGAUGUGGGGUUGAGCUCUCCGAUCUGGUCGCGGCUGGAACAAUGGGCCUAUCCAAAGGUGUGGAGAAGUUCGACCCGAACAGAGGCUACAAGCUCUCCACUUACGUUCACUGGUGGAUCCGACAGGCGGUAACACGGGCUGUUGCCGACCACUCCCGCACGAUCAGACUGCCUGUCCAUGUGCACGAGACCCUCGGAAGAUUGAGGAGGGCGAAGGCACAGCUUGCGAGCGAAGGGGAACUAGCCAACGUCAAGAAUCUCGCCAACACCUUGGGACUGUCAGAGCGGAAAAUUGACAACGUCCUCAAGCUCAAGUACAAGACUAGGUCCAUGAACGAGGAAGUCUCGCCAAACAACCGCAUGGAAGAGGGCUCAACAAUGGACAACUUUAUUGCAGAUCCAGAUGCGGAAACUCGCCCCUGGAAAGAGCUGGAAGCGGAUUUCUUGCAGGCCAAUGUGAAGAAUGUGCUGCUUGAUCAGCUUGAUCCUCGAGAACGGGACAUAAUUCGCCUAAGAUUUGGAUUUGGGAGGACUGAUGGAAGGACAAUGACUCUUGAUGUGAUCAGCCAGCGAUAUGGAGUCUCUAGAGAAAGGAUCAGACAGCUUGAAACAGUGGCUGUGCGCAAGCUGAAGCUUCUCAGCCAGGGCAAAGAGCUGCACAGCUGUGCCCUGCUGCUCAGAGAGCUGGUGGAGAUGUGCUAUGCAAAUCAUCCGCAGCUCCCUGGUCCGCGCUCAUUACGCCCCUCUCUUCGCAUUCUGUUUCGCUCUCCAUCCACUUCACUCCCGGUUUCACCGUUCCUUACCAUCCCCCCUUCUCCCCCCUCACCUUCCCCCCUCAUACCCCCUCCCGCUGUCCGCCCAUCAGUCGACGCGCGGAGAGGAGGUUCCGCGACGCUGUUCCUUCCGCUGAGCGGCUUCCGCGUGCUGGCGGACGCCGUCGGCUACGAUUACCCGCACUUCAACCGCAUCCUUAAAUACCAUCUUAUACCCGACGCGCGCUACACUUUAGCGGAUCUGAAGGCGCUGCGGGAAGACAGUCUACUGCCGACCGCCGAGGGCAGCAAGUUGAAGGUGUUUUCGAGCCGCGGCUCGAAGAUCGUGUGGCUGCAGGGGCGCUCUAUCAUCCCUGCGGCUGUGACUAUACCGAACCUGUUUGUGGGGGAGCGCAUCAUUGUGCACGGGCUUAGCCAAAGACUCAUUCCGCCCUCGUUUUAG